AUGCGAUAUUUCCCUCUUAUCCCGAGGCUAAAAAGAAUCUACAUGUCACCAGAAACAGCAGAAGAUAUGAGAUGGCAUGAUACAGAGCGAUUGGGUGAAGAUGAUAAGAAGAUUUUGAGGCAUCCUUCAGAUGCCUUAGCAUGGAAGGCAUUUGAUGAGCGUCAUAGAGAUUUUGCAUUAGACCCUCGUAGUGUUCGAUUAGGUCUUGCGAGUGAUGGGUUUAAUCCUUAUCGUUUAAUGAACACCACUUAUAGUACGUGGCCAGUGAUGUUGAUUCCUUAUAAUCUUCCACCAUGGUUAUGUAUGAAACCAUCUUCUUUCAUUUUGUCCACACUUAUUCCCGGAAAAGCAAGUCCUGGAAAUGAUAUUGAUGUGUAUUUGCAGCCAUUAGUGCAUGAAUUGAAAUUGUUGUGGACUGGGGUUGAAGCUUUUGAUGCUUUUGAAGGAAAGAAAUUUAAUUUGCGCGUGGCUUUGCUUUGGACUAUUAAUGACUUUCCUGGCUAUUCAAUGCUCUCUGGUUUGAGCACAAAAGGUUACAAUGCAUGUCCUAUAUGCAUAGAUUCCACGCCUUCUGAUAGAUUUGGGAACAAGAUUUGUUAUUGUAGCUAUAGAAAAUGGUUACCUUCAGAUCACCCAUAUCGAAUUCAGGGUGACAAAUUUUGUGAGAAGUAUGGAACUAAUGAGCGGGGUAAAGCUCCAUCUCGUCCUAGCGGGACUGAUAUAUUGAGUGAACAAGAAAAGGUCGAGUAUGUUUAUGGAAAGUCGAAGGCACCACAGAAAAAGAGACAAAGAGGAGAUAAUGAUAACAAUGAUGUCCAACAUGAAAGUGCUUUUGGUACCAAGAGAAGCAUAUUCUUUGAUUUGGUGUAUUGGGAGCAUAAUCUUUUAAGGCAUAAUUUAGAUGUAAUGCACAUUGAGAAAAAUGUGUCUGAGAAUAUUUUGGGAACUCUUCUUAGUAUGGAUAAGACUUCGUAUUCUAUGUCUAUGGAGGAGAAAGAGAGGUUCUUAAAUGUUCUACAGAAACUUAAAGUUCCGGAUGGAUAUGGAUCCAACCUCUCUAGUUGUGUGAAUAUGAAGCAAAGAAAGUUGAUUAACCUCAAAAGUCAUGACAACCAUGUUCUAAUGCAAGAUAUCCUUCCUGUUGCCUUAAGAGUUUCUAACGCUACAAAAGUGAUUGACUUGUUGGCUGGAUUGUCUUCUUUUUUCAAGAGGUUGUGCUCUACUACUAUUGAUCCAGAUGAUUUAGAUGAUCUUCAAGAUGGAAUUAUUUUAACUCUUUGUAAGUUGGAAAUAGAGUUCCCGCCUUCAUUUUUCACAAUCAUGGUCCAUUUGUUGAUUCACUUAGUGGAGGAGGUUAAACUUGGUGGACCAGUGCAAUACAGAUGGAUGUAUCCCAUUGAAAGGUACUUGUCCCAUUUGAAAUCACAUGUAACCAAUAAAGCCCCCCAACCUGAAGGAUCUAUUGCGGAAGGCUUCCUUUUAGAGGAGACAAUUAGGUUUUGUUCGAGAUAUCUUGAAGGUGUUAAGACCAUCUUUAACAUACCUACGAGGAUGGAUGAUGAGAUUUCAAAUUCCAAUUAUUACUUGUUUAACACUGGUGGUCGAGUUGUUGGGAAGGAGGUCACCAUUCUCCUUGAUGACAAAAGCUUAAAACAAGCUCAUCGCUACGUUUUACUUCACUCUGAUGCGAUCAAAGGGGAUAUGGAUGAAUUUUUAAUGGAGAAACGUCAAAUGAACUCACAAAGUUCCUCCACGGAGAGUGAUGAAAGCAACUGGAUCAUCAAUGAAUUCGGAGGGUGGUUGCAAAAUAAGGUACAUUGCAUAGAUGCCACCACCGAAGAUGAGAAACUAAGAAAAGCUUUAGCGGGUGACAUUCAUAGGGGUGUAAGAACAUAUCCAAAUGGCGAUGUAUGUGUCAAUUUCUCGAAAUUGAUGCAUACUGGGCGAUUGUUGCAAGAUGAUCCAUUUAUAUUCUCAUCUCAAGCAAAACAAGUUUUUUACAUAGAAGAUGAGAUUCAAAAAGGAUGGUUGCAUGUUGUAAAGAAUAAGCCUAGGGACUUGUUUGAUUUAGGUGAUUCUUUACCAGUAGAAGUAGAGGGAGAGGUAUUGUAUAUUUUUCUUGCGGUUGAUAUGCUUGUGGUAGCUAUACUUGAUACUUUCAUACUGGACUGGAGUAAGAAGCUGUUGGCAAUUCUGCGAAGUUUUAUCCUUUUUAUCAAGGAAUUACUACGUCGUAGGAUACAGGAUUUAUGGAUAGAGGUUGCUGCACGAACAAAGGUGAAUAUUUCUUCAGCUGCAACUAUAUCCAGGGAUGUAGUGCAUAAACCAGUAGAUGAUGUUCUUGCUGCAAUGUCUGCUGCUCUGGCUAUUGAUGCUGCAACUUCAGCAAUUUUUGCUGCUUUCUAUGCCUUUUCAGCAGCUUUAGCCGCCUUUUCGGCAGCUUUUGCCGCCAUUGCUGCAUUUGACUGA